AUCAUCACCAGAUAGAAAGGACCACCUGCCUCCCUAUCAAUAGUAAGUUUACACUGUGUUGAUAAGCCAAGUAUCUCUAUGAAGAAAAACACUAAGGUCUGUACAGCGUGACGUUAGCAGUAUCGAUGACUGCGAUAUUAUUCUUUGUGACAGUAAUUGUCAUAUUAGCAGUAUGUCAGUCUCAGAACUCCGAUUUUGUACCACAGACAGUUGACUUUGAUAACAACUCAAUACAAACAGUCACCAAACCUACAGAUGAAUCAAUUAUUUCAUUUGGAGGGCUGAUAUCAAAAGAAAAACUCCAGAAACCACCUGAAGUAACUGUUACAACACCAAACGAAACUGUUUGUCCGGUUACUAAGCUAGAAACAAAUGGACCAGUAAAUCUAUAUAUCCAUGGUGCUUUUGCUACAACAAAUAAAGAUUUACUUCCAUUUCCACAACAACAAUCAAAAUGUGACUGUCCUCCUGGGCCGCAAGGUCUACAAGGAAUCCCAGGACCGGACGGUAAGACUGGUCAACAAGGUCAAAAAGGAGACCGAGGACUACAAGGCUCUGUAGGUCCAGCUGGAAUACCUGGACCUCCAGGGAAAGUGAUAGUUAAUACAACACACACCAUUAGUCAUGAGCACCCCAGUGUGUUUACUGCUUUCUCAGCUGUGAUGACUAUGACACAGUAUGGACCAUUCGGUCAGGACAGGAUAGUAGUUUUUGAUCAAGUACUGGCCAAUUAUGGUAAAUCUUACCGCCAAAGUGUUGGUGUAUUUGUAACCCCCUAUAAUGGACUCUACCAAUUCCAUAUGCAUAUACACACCAGGAAGUCAUUCAUAGCUGAGGUCACUUUACGUGUCAAACGAAAAAUGAACACCCAAUCAAUGCAGGAUAUUGUCAGAACAUGGGCUGAUGGAAAAACAGGAAAUAUAGAAUACGAGAUGGGUUCAUCCAACAGCGCCAUUGUUUAUUUAGAGAAGGGAGACAUGGUAUAUUGUGUAUUACCAAAGAAUCAAGUGUUGUCUGGGUUACAGUUUACAUCAUUCUCGGGAUAUCUGAUGAAAACUGACGAAAAGAAUGAUAUGAACUCAAAAGACAGAUUUCAAACAUUUCUUCCAUAAAUAGUAAAAUGAUUCAAUCAAAAGAUGCAUUGCUGUAUUAAAUUAUUAAUAUAAUAUUAAAUAAAUCGUAGCAAACAUCACUUUAAAGAUAUCAAGGUGAACUAAG